UGUCGCUUCCCCUCUCGCUGCUGCUUUUGGUUUAUUUCUUAAUUGGAUGUGGCCGGGCCCUGCCCCAACUCCGGGGGAGGCGGAGGCGAACCCGGGGCUGGCUCCAUCAGUCCUCACCAGAAGCAGCCAGGCGAGCCCGGGGAGGCUGCACCCUCUGUGCCUGGGCUGCUCCCGAGUGAGCUGGGGAGGAUGCUGGGGGCUGCGUCGGGGGCCACAGCAGGGCUCUGUGACUGUCUAGCUCUGUGACUGUCUAAGUGGGGAGGAGGCUGUGGGGGCGCGGAGAGCAACUCCGGGAGUUGGGCUGGAGCGGAGAGGAGCGAAGCCCGGGGCUGUGGGAGUGGGUGGGCGGCAGCCCCCUCCCCCCAGCUCUAGCAGCGGCUGGGGGAGGGGCAGGAGAGCGUGUCCUGGGGGUGUUCAGGGCACAUCUUCCCCCCACCACCACCUGGACUGAAAGGCUCUGGGGCGCGGAGCAGGUGGAGUCAGACACCCGCUGGCCGACUAGUGCAGCCUGCCGCUCUGCCUGGCACCGAACUAGCCAGCCGCGCUUCUCCAGCGGGAACCCCGGCCCUCCCUGCCGCAGCCGGGCCGGAGCCCUCUUCAGCGGAGCCUGCUGCCUCCCGGAGCUAGCUGGGGCUGCGGCUGGAAACUCGCCGGAAGGGCCCGAAGGCGCUGGUGGCACGCACGGGUUGCAGAGUGUCAAGCUGAUCAGCAUUCAAGUGGCGAUGAGUGAGCAAAGUGAAGUGAGAGAGGCGCGUGCAACUGGCAGUGGAAGCUGAGGAUGGUGCAUGGGGAGAGAGAGAGAGAGAGAUGGGAAGAAGCUGUUUGUGUUGCCUUGGGAUUUUUCCACUUUGAAACCUACCAGGACCAGUUGCUACGAAGCAUGAAGCAGGUGGUGAUGGCUAUGAUGAUGAGGAAAGGCUGUUUCUAAAUGACUGGGCUGCCGCUCCCUCAGAAUACAAGCAACAAAUGGCAGCGGGCUGUGCCCGGGCUGCAGCAGCAGCAACUGCAACUCCCAGGUUUAUUUUUAAGAAGAACACUGACCAUGAGGAAGUCCACCUGUUAGUCCAUUUUUGCUAAUUCUGCUGAAGAAAAUGAAGCUACGCUUUGGCUGUACAGAAUCCUUUACCACCACUGUUGGGUAAAUGAGAAAUGGUCGUGUGAUUAUGCUGACAUCCCAGCAUGCAUUUGGUAGACCUGUGGUUAACUCGUUCCCUCUCCAUGUGUCUACUCUUACAAAGUUUUGUCCUCAUGAUACUGUGCUUUCAUUCUGCCAGUAUGUGCCCAAAAGGCUGCCUUUGUUCUCAUUCUGGAGGUUUAAAUGUCAGUUGUAGCAAUGCAAAUCUCAAGGAAAUACCCAGAGAUCUUCCUCCUGAGACAGUCUUACUUUAUUUGGACUCCAAUCAGAUAACGUCAAUCCCAAAUGAAAUUUUUAAGGACUUGCAUCAACUGAGAGUUCUCAAUUUAUCCAAAAAUGGUAUUGAAUUUAUAGAUGAACAUGCCUUUAAAGGAGUGGCAGAAACCUUGCAGACUUUGGACUUGUCUGACAACCGGAUUCAAAGUGUGCACAAAAAUGCUUUCAAUAACUUAAAGGCCAGAGCCAGAAUUGCAAACAAUCCUUGGCACUGUGACUGUACUCUGCAGCAGGUCCUGAGGAGCAUGGCAUCCAACCAUGAAACAGCCAACAACGUCAUCUGUAAGACUUCUGUGUUAGAUGAACAUGCUGGGAGACCGUUCCUCAAUGCUGCCAAUGAUGCAGAUCUUUGUAACCUUCCUAAAAAGACUACUGAUUAUGCCAUGCUAGUCACCAUGUUUGGCUGGUUCACCAUGGUGAUAUCCUAUGUUGUUUAUUAUGUGCGGCAAAAUCAAGAGGAUGCAAGAAGACACCUUGAGUACUUGAAAUCCCUGCCAAGCAGGCAAAAGAAACCAGAAGAAGCUGAUGACAUUAGCACUGUGGCGUUGGAUUGAAACCCAAAGAAGAGGACCCAGCAUGCAGCACAAACAGAAGUCUGUGAAAGGACAUAUACAACCUCGCCUGAGGAUUUGGAGAAGCGUUUCCUACUAGCAGACCUGAUGGAGCUGCUCCUAGCGAACAUUUGACAGCGGUUCCUAACUCUUUUUUUUUUUUUUUUAACUGCACUGGUUUACCAGACUAAGCCCUCAGCUCUUCUA